AUGGCGCAAGGCUCAAUCAAAAAGUCCAACAAGGCCGCCGCGCCAAAGGCCAUCCACUCGAAGCGCCAGGCAUCCAAGGUCACCAAGCCCAAGAAAGCAAAGAGCGCCGACAAGCUCCUCAAGAAAUUCACAUCAGGCAUGGUGGGAAAGACGGAGGCGCUGCUGGGCGAGAGGGCGGGACAUCUCGAGCUGAUUGGGCCGGGGAAGAAGGGCAGCAAGAAAUUGUCGCAGAAGGGAGGAUCCAAGAAGUUUGGCUAA